AGCAACCACCUAGUUGCAUUCUAUAACAAACAAGAUAACGCUCAAGAAUUCUCUUUCUCUCUCUUAAGUCUUACUCUGUCACCUCUUCCUUUCUCUCUCUAAAAACAACUUCUUCCUUAGUAUUACUUACAACACCUCCUUAUCCAAUCCCAUGUUACAAUCUCUUUUGUUCAGUCCCAUAAAAAUUACAAAUUACAUUGUAAUCCGUCCGAGGAUUCUUCCUUUCACAAAAAUAAUAAAACUUUUCCUGUUUCUCUCUCUUCUCUCUGUCUUCUUAGGCAGUUGGUGAGAGAGAAAGAGAGAUAGAGAGAGAGAGGUCUUACCGAAAACAAGAUCCCUUUUGUCACAGUCUCUCUGCUCAUUCGAUCUUCCUCGAUCAAAUUCUUCAACGACGUUCUUAAACUCAAAUUCCUUCCCUUUCUGACACCCUUUUAUCUUCACUUUCCAUUCCACUGCUCAGAAUCUCGACUUGCGCAAGCUUCGUGUUCUUCCUUUCUUGCUCUGUUUUUUUUCCUUCGAAUACCAAUUCGGAGAUUAGGGUUUACGUGCCGUCCUCAUCGCAGUGCCUCAAGUCCGAAAAUUCUCUUUCUGGGGUUAUUUAAGUUCGAUUUUUAAGGCCACCCGAGACUCCAAUUGAAUGCGGUGAUCGUUCCCUCAACGAGAAGAGAAGAGAACAAGAGAAUGAUCAUAAAGCGGAACCUGAAAUCCCAAAUGCCGAGUCUGAAACGGUGCAGACUCAGUGACUCGGUUGGGAAGAACGACGAGUGCUCUGAAACUCGGAAGAAGAGGAAGAAGACCAACAGCAACGGAUACUACCCUCUGAACCUCCUCGGUGACGUCGCCGCCGGCGUGAUUCCGAUGAGUUUACACGGCCUGCUGAGCGCCGCCGGUGUGUCGGAGAAGGGAUUCUCCGCUUCGUGGUGCACUGAAGUCUCAUGCUCCCCUAGCGGCGAGGUGGAUUCGACAAACGAAGGAGGAGGUGGCGGAGUUGGAAACGGUGUCCUUCGUGUCAAUAGGAACCGUGCCGGCGGUGAGGUUCAGCGGCCGGCACUGGUUCGAACCUCACGGGGGCGCGUGCAGGUGCUUCCUUCGAGGUUCAACGACUCUGUUAUUGAUAAUUGGAGGAAGGAGAGUAAGAAUAACCAUGGCAGCUUACGUGAUUGCGAUUUCGAUGAUGAAGAAUACGAAUGCAAGCAUGAGAGGUUAAGGUUCAAGGCACCAAAGAAUGGGAGGAAAUUGAGGAACGAUGAAAAAACAGGUCACAAGCAUCGAAAGUACCCGGCAUUGUGUGAUGUUGGAGAGUUAAUGAGGGAUUGCAAGGAUUUUGGUUCGAAGCGGCGUGACAGCGUUUUGGUUGAGGAUGAAAAUGGGAGGUUUGUGGAGGUGGAAGGAGUUGAGCUAAUGGGGAGUAAGAGUGAAGGGCAAUAUGGUCCAGAAGAUUUUUAUGCUGGUGAUAUAGUGUGGGCAAAAGCUGGGAAAAAGGAACCUUUUUGGCCAGCCAUUGUGAUUGAUCCUAUGACUCAGGCACCUGAGCUUGUGCUCCGGUCUUGUAUAGCUGAUGCAGUUUGUGUCAUGUUCCUUGGUUAUGCUGGGAACCAAAGCCAAAGGGACUAUGCAUGGGUGAAGCAUGGAAUGAUUUUUCCAUUUAUGGAUUUUGUAGACAGGUUUCAGGGGCAGUCUGAACUUAGUUCCUAUGAUUCUUCUGAUUUCCAAACGGCAAUAGAGGAGGCAUUCUUAGCAGACCAGGGCUUCACAGAGAAGUUGAUAGCUGAUAUAAAUGCAGCAGCCAGUAAUGCCGGAUUUGAUGAUACUCUUCUCAGAGCCCUUCAUAGGGUCACUGGUUCAAACCAGUAUGCAGGGUAUCACUUUCUGAAUCAGGAUUUAUUUGAUAAGAAAGACACAAGACCCUGUGAAGCCUGUGGAUUGCACCUUCCUUUGACAAAGAAAUUGAAGGAUUUGGCUCUGAAUGGCAAAUUCCUGUGUAAAACAUGUGCUAGGUUAACAAAAUCAAAUCAUUAUUGUGGGAUAUGCAAGAAAGUUUGGAAUCAUUCAGAUAGUGGAAGUUGGGUUCGCUGUGAUGGAUGUAAGGUGUGGGUGCAUGCAGAAUGCGGCAAGAUUUCUCGAAACCAUUUCAAGAAUCUUGAGGGCACUGAUUAUUACUGCCCUACUUGCAAAGCCAAGUUUGAUUUUGAGUUAUCUGAUCCUGAAAAACCACAGCCAAGAGUCAAAUCGAACAAAAACAAUGGGCAGCUAGGAGGGCUUCCAAAUAAGGUCACCGUUCUCUGCAAUGGCGUGGAAGGCAUAUAUUUUUCAAGCCUUCACUUAGUUGUUUGCAAGUGUGGUUUUUGUGGGACUGAAAAACAAGCACUCAGUGACUGGGAACGACACACAGGUUCUAAAUUAAGAAACUGGAAAACAAGUAUUAGGGUCAAAGACUCCAUGUUACCACUUGAACAGUGGAUGCUGCAAUUGGCUGAGGUCCAUGCUAAUGCUCAAGUUUCUGUCAAACCUAAAAAGCCUUCUCUAAAAGAGAGGAAGCAGAAGUUGCUUGCCUUCUUGCAAGAGAAGUAUGAACCUGUUUAUGCUAAAUGGACGACAGAACGAUGUGCUGUUUGCAGAUGGGUUGAGGACUGGGACUACAACAAAAUUAUCAUUUGCAUCCGAUGCCAAAUAGCUGUUCAUCAAGAAUGCUAUGGAGCAAGAAAUGUUCAAGACUUCACGUCUUGGGUCUGUAAAGCUUGUGAGACACCUAACAUCAAGCGCGAGUGUUGUCUUUGUCCUGUCAAAGGCGGUGCUUUGAAGCCAACCGAUAUUGACUCGUUAUGGGUGCAUGUCACCUGUGCUUGGUUUCGACCUGAAGUCUCUUUUCCCAGUGACGAGAAGAUGGAGCCUGCUUUGGGUAUUCUGAGUAUUCCAUCAAAUUCUUUUGUGAAGAUUUGUGUUAUUUGCAAGCAAAUUCAUGGUUCAUGUACACAAUGUUGCAAGUGUUCCACUUAUUUCCAUGCCAUGUGUGCAUCAAGGGCUGGUUACCGAAUGGAGUUGCAUAUUUCUGAGAAAAAUGGUAAGCAGACAACAAGAAUGGUCUCUUAUUGUGCUUACCACAGGGCCCCCAAUCCUGAUACUGUUUUAAUCAUGCAAACCCCUCUUGGGGUCAUUUCAACCAAGAACCUUCUCCAAACUAAGAGAAAAACCGGAUCAAGGUUAAUUGCUUCAAACAGAGUAAAGCAAGAACAUCCUCCCAUUGAUAACACCGAGAACGAGCCGUUAUCUGCCGCUAGGUGUCGUAUCUUUCAAAGGACAAAUCCAACAAUAAAGAGAGCGGCAGAGGAAACCGUUCCGCAUAGGGUUGGAGGACAUCGCUGUCACGCUUUAGAUGCGAUACAGAAACUAAAUACAUACAGAGCAGUAGAGGAACCUCCAACAUUUUCUUCCUUUAGAGAACGCCUUCGCCACUUACAGAAAACGGAAAACGAACGAGUUUGCUUUGGUAGAUCAGGCAUUCAUGGAUGGGGCCUCUUUGCACGCAGAAAUAUUCAAGAAGGAGAAAUGGUUCUUGAAUAUCGUGGAGAACAAGUGCGAGGCAGCAUUGCAGAUUUGAGGGAGGCGCGCUAUCGGUCCGAAGGGAAAGAUUGCUAUCUGUUUAAGAUAAGUGAAGAAGUGGUGGUAGAUGCCACUGAUAAAGGGAAUAUAGCCCGGCUAAUCAAUCAUUCUUGUAUGCCAAAUUGCUACGCAAGGAUCAUGAGCGUUGGUGACGAUGAGAGCCGGAUCGUACUCAUUGCUAAGACAAACGUAUCUACCGGCGACGAGUUAACAUAUGACUACUUAUUUGAUCCUGACGAGCCUGAUGAAUUUAAGGUCCCAUGUCUAUGUAAAGCUCCAAAUUGUCGAAAAUUCAUGAAUUAGAAAAAAGGAUUAUACAAAUGAAGACAUGAAGAAGAUGACAUGACAGAAAGCAUUGUUUCUUCUCCGCAAGGAGCACUAACCAAUCCCUCUUACACCGGGGAACUCACAGUUACUCAACACCAAAAGCUGUAAUUUUUUAUUUUAUUAAAUCAAAGACAUAAGGAAAGAAAAAUGAUAGUGAGAAAAAAAGUAGUUGUUUUUCUCUUUUCCCCUCUCUUAGUAGUUAGUAGUGUUUUUUUUUUUCCUAAUGUCCUAAUAAUAAAAGCCACAGAUUUUUUCCUAGCACCUGCCAUCUUGUAAAUAUGACCAGAUAUUACUUAUUAUCUUCUUAAAUUUAAUUUAAUGUUAACCAAUUUCUUCUCGGUGUAUAUUACAAGAUGGUUUCCUA